AAAGUGGAUGCUGUUUCCCGAGCUCUUGCAUUACCCUUGUUCACUUUUGAAGGUACGUUGGCCUUUACGUCUUCUGUAUUAUGAUUUAUACAGGUUUAUGGCGACUUUCCGGACAAUGACAUUCAUGCAUAUUUUGUGCAUUCAUACUUCAUAAAACUGGCCACCUUUCCCAUCUCGGCAGUAGAGCAGAAGCCAAAGGCAAAAUAACAAUGGGUCAUCAGUUGCUGCAUCUCCUCCUGUCGAUUGCUGUGAUGGCAAAGGCCUCCCCACCCGCGACGUACGCAAGCGAAGACGCCAUCCAAAACGAAACGCUCUGCCCCGAUAUGUUCGCGCCAGUAGGCGACCAGUGUAUCUAUUUCGCCUCCUUCAUGCAAGAAGGACGCGCCGCCGGGAAGCAGGUAUGUCAUUCCCUUGGGGGUGAAUUAGCAGCUAUCAAAACGGCGACUCAACUUCAAAAUAUAAUAGCAGAAAUUGAACAAAGAGAACUUUCCCAUGCGAACUUCUGGAUUGAUGGGGCUUUCAAUGGCACAUCUUGGAACUUCACAAACGAAGAGCCUGUCCCACUGGGAACGCCCUUCUGGUACGCCACUGAAGAAGAACACAGCCCAAAAAACGACUCCACCUUCAACUGUGUGAGCAUCACCUCAGACUCCGGUUUCUUGAUGAACGACGUGGCCUGCGAUGAGGAACACUCGCCCCUCUGCGAACACGUGCCGCUUGGGUUUAACCAGCCUGAAGAAGAUCAAGAAGAGGCAAAGGACCCGAAGGACGAGGACAUCCGCUGCCCCUCAAUGUUCACUCGGGUAUUAAACACCUGUAUAGCAUUCAUUACAUUUUUCAAGGGCUCUUGGGAGACAGCUAAGCAGACGUGUCACUCCUUCACUGAUAAAUCGUCGCUCCUCUUACCGACAGACGUCGAGCUACUUCGAGAGAUUUAUCUAUAUUUACACGCCGAAGGACUUGACGGAUUCGACUUCUGGAUAGGGGCCACAGAUGCAGGGCAUGAGGGCGUAUGGAAGGACACCUCAGGACAUAUAAUAGAAAUAAACGCACCGUUUUGGGGAAACAGUAACAAACCCGAAUUCAUUAUGGAACCCGAUGGCGACACAACCGAAAAUUGUCUAGCACUGACGUCCAACGGUCUACACUACUUCAGGGAUGAAGAUUGUUCUUCAACUUACAAUCUAUUAUGCGUAGCACCACCAUUGACGCCCUAAUUUACUAAGUUUUUUUUUUUCAGAUUUGUCCACUAAAUAAUCCAGAAACUCCCGUAAAUGUUUCGCUUUUUACAGUUAAUGGAGUCAGGGGGAACUUUCACAAUCAAAUAAAUAAAGAAAUUUGA